AUGGUCCAACACGUGCGUACCCUAAGACAACACUCUGAAUUCAGAUUCACCGUCAAUUUCUCCAAAAAACCUUCAUAUGGCCGAAUCAACGAAGAAGAACGAGAAAACCAAAUCUUCAAAACGGCGUACCUUCCAACCAAGUAUCACAAUUCGAGUGCUAUUGUUGCUGGUGGACAUCAAAGAGCGUCAAAAUACUUCAAUAUCGAGCAAAGAACAGUUAUGAUUGGAGCAUCUAAUGUUCCAGCGCGGUGGUUUCUCAUCUCCGGUUUGCCUCCGCUUCUAUUAGCAUAUUUCACGAUUCAGAGUUCUGACCAACUCCUCCGCAAAUUCAAGUCUUCUCUGAUUUCAGGACUCGUCGCAGUUUUGUUCUCACUUCUUAGCUUCAAUCUUAACUCUGUCAACAGAUACGAAUACACACAUAUUCAUAAAGAGUGGCUGAAGGAAAUAAAUUAUUACUCGUCGGAGUUGCUCCGAUGA